AUGCGCGCCAGCAAUCCCUACACUACUUCCUACCCCUCCUACGAGCCCCGCACACCCCGUCCCAGACGAUCCGCCUCGCAAUCAUACAGGUCACACAGACGAAAGGAAUCAUGGCCGCCUCCGCCUAGUGUAGAGGACGAGCCAGAAGCCCUGGCCAAAGAGGCUCGGUCACAGCCGCCUUCGCCAGCACAAAGGCGUGAUGAUGGUGAGCCGCCCGUCAAUACGCGGGGUACCAUCGACCAGGAGUACAUACUGGAUGAGAUCGAGCAGCCCAGUGCUACACAAGAUCCCGAUGCGACAACACGAUCCAGCCCCCAUCGAGAUCGCCAGAGGAGGAGCUUCGCAGACCGUGGCCCCAUGCCGAAUAUCAACACCGAUGUCCCAGACCCGCCUUUGUUCACAGAACGGGAGAGGAUGCCUUAUGGCUACUCACAACCACAGAAGGAAUCGACUGCUCCUAUGCCGACCGACUUUCUGCGUUCGCCAGAACCCAUGACCCCAUCCGACAGCCGUUUCGCUACAUCGGACAUGGGCCGAGCUGACCAAGACGCACAACGGCAUUCCCAUGGUAAAUCACCAACGCCUCGACCGGUCAGCAGCCGCCACAACUCCCUUGCAAACUCUCGGCAGGCGGAAAAAGAUCGUGAUAGAUCAAGACCGCCUUCCAGGUACGGAAGAUACGAGACAACGCCGGCUCCAAGACCACGCGGUGAUGUGCAGAGUUCCUUAGCAUCCGGGAGACCAUCCUCUUCGCAUUCUGCUUUGCCGUAUCCUAUGGAUGAUCAGCUCAUUGAUGUCCUGAUGCCACCGGAACAGAAUUACCAGUACAACCAUUCACCCAUCGCUUCUCCCAGACAAGACUACAUAGAGCCUCCCAGAUCCUCGUCGCCGACUGCUACCAGCUCCCCGUAUAUCAGAGAUUCCCAAGCCCAGCCUUCCAGACAAAGCAUUCGUGAGGAACCCGGACUUUCCAGAAGGGCAAGAUCGGAUAGCAUCCGCUCCCAGGACGGUCGUAGGGACAAGUCGUUGCGGAGAGUAGCUUCUUUGGACCUCAAAUCACUGCCAGACUGUCCAAGGAGCAAGGCCUCGAGAGAGUACGAUGAUUGGUACAGCCUCCGCGGCUUCAAAAAUUUCAACAUAUGUCCUGAUUGCUACAAGAGCGUGUUUUUUGAGACUCGAUUCGACGGGGAAUUCAAGCAGAUCUGGUUAGACGACUGGUCAAUCAAACGGGCGUGUGACUUUAGCAACCCGUGGCCGCGCCUUGCGUGGUACCUCACUGUAAAACAGCGCCUGAAGUCACUCGACUUACUUUGUGCCGUGGCAGAUAUCAUGGACACCUACAAGCCGUGCCCUGGAGAACGAGAAAAGGACACUAAUGAGGCCAGUUGGUACGGCAUUGUCAAUCAACGCGACGGCAUGUUUGUGCCCAACUUUGCCAUCUGUUCUAGUGACCGAAGAUUGGCCGAAGCCCUAUUUCCCAGCAUCCGCGGCUACUUUCCCCGUAUCACUGUUGGCUAUUCAAACGCACCAAGUCGAUACACUUGCAGCUUCCGUAUGAGCUCACGCCGUCUCAUGAAGUACUUGGAACUUCUUAUGGAGCUUGACGAAGAUGCCCAGAUAACUGGUCGCCGACCUGACAUUGACCGUUUUGUCGACCUGGCGCGCGACUAUGCUUUCAAGGGAGAGUGCGCCAGAGACAAGAUACUGAUUCGGAAGCCAUGGUACUUUAUCCCUCAGCUCCCUGAAUUCACGGUAUGCGAGGAAUGCUACGAUCGAUUUGUCUGGCCUGCCAUGCAAUCGAAAUCCCUACCCACGACGAUUCCGCGCUUGUUUAACAAAUCAAUCCAGCUAGUCCCUGGCGAAGACCCGGAAGCCGGAUCAAGCUGUUGUUUGUGGAGUCCACGCAUGCGCUCGGUAUGGAUGCGUAGUGUGGAGGACGAGGAUUUUGCAUACUUGAAGCGCAAGGCUUUGGAGAGGAAGAAGGCACAAGUUGCCAAUACGAGGGAGAGAGGGGAUAUUUUGAGGGGGCUGGGCAAUGCUGAGCCAGGAGAUAGCAAAUACGAAUGGGCGAAGCGUGAGUUGGACAUUUUGGAUAGGGAGUGGGCUUCGUAUGAAUGAAUGAGACCAUGAUUGUACAUAUUGAUAUUGCUAAGCAGUGAAGGAUCAAAUUCUAUACUACUAUUUAUCCACGCA